GAUCGAACUUAAUAGCCUGAAGGCUAACAAGUGCCAAUUUUCAGAUAAAAAUCUUUGUUUCGCACACAUCUCCACCGUGUGAAAUGCAUUUGUAAAUACAAAAUCUAGCGUUUCAUUGAUAACUCGCAAACGGUGUUCGCUAAACCGGUCUUCCUAAAAAAAUGUCGACAUCCAUAGCAAUUUUAAUAAUCGCUGCACUAGGAGGAACUGUUAUUUGUGCUCCUCCACCACCGUUUCGAAUUUCGGGAUGCAAUGACUGCGCUUUCGGAAUGUGCCCAGAUGGGCCGCAGGUCUGCGAUACCGUGAAAGACCGGUGCGUGUGCCCGAGCGAGCUGCAUAAAUCAACGGGAGCAAAAAAUGAACAAACAACUCGUCUUUCGGGAUGCAAUGACUGCGGCAUGGUUAUGUGCUCAGAAGGAGCGAUGGUCUGCGAUACGAAAAACGACAAAUGUGUAUGUCCCAGUGGAUUGCCUAAGACAUCGCAAAACUCCACAGCCGCCAAGAUUUGUCCUGAUGGAAGAUCGCAGAUAUGUGACACAACCAGCAAUCACUGCUUUUGUCCGAUAGUAGUAGACGUCCAGCCACCGCGCAUUUCUGGAUGCAAUGAUUGUGCUUUUGGAAUGUGUGAUGAUGGCCCUCAGGUGUGCGACACCAGGAAGGAUCGAUGCGUGUGUCCCAGUGAGCUGCAUGCACAGACAAAUAUCAAAGUCGUUACGUUACCACCAGUACCACGCGAGUCAGGAUGCAAUGAUUGUGGGAUGAUCAUGUGUCGAGCCGGAGAGUUUGCCACGUGUGACACCGCAAAGGAUCGAUGCGCUUGCCCCCAGUGAACUGCAUUACACCAAAUACCCCGUCCUGUUUUGCGAUGGACUUCCUACUGAGUCGUAAAAUGCACGUUUACAAAAAAAAUUUAUGAAGUGUCCAGUUUUCGCGAUUUGAUGCUAGGAUUCGAUAGUACACAACGAAAAAACGCUUUGAAGAAGAUAGCAAACAAUGCGCCAGGCUGUUGUCCUUAAGUCUGCGUGUCAGGUUUACCUAAGUUUGCACUGAAUGCAGUGCAGUAAUAAGUAAUUUGUGACAUUAUCAAUCUGUGGUCCACUAAUUAUUAAAACAAGAACUAAGAAGAGCUAUACAUAAUACAUUCAUCAUUCAUGGCUCGUUUCUCGUUUUUUCUUGUUGUAAACUGAUUGUGUACUCGUACAGCUUUUCGCGGCACUAA